GGUUUCCGUAUUCUUGCCGACUGCAAAUUAAUAUCCUGCUUCAACACGCCUCUUAUAAGAAGUUCUUCACAUGAACAACAACCACUUAAAUGUGGAAAACUUCCAUGCUGCCGCAGCCGUUCCCGGCCCAUCGCUGGUCAAUCGGCCACCGGCGCUUGUGAUACCGGGAAUAUGCGAACCAGAGAAACGAUUCGAUAGCGGAGCAAAAAGAAUGUUAAAGUCACCUCCGUUGAUUUGCGAACAAGGACCGUCAGCGCCGUCAUCACCAACGUCGCCUCGACUUCGACGACCCUUUCCUUUGACUGAAGACGCAAUGCAUCGAAUCAAUCUGUUGAGCUCCGGUUAUGAAUACGGCAAACUAUCACCGAUGUCAACAUACGCGACAUCGGAUCUUGGCUCUAGCCCAAGAUCAUCGAUCAGCGUUACAUCAGCGAACUUGUCGCCAUGGAUAAACUUUCGUGAACAUCAUAAAAGCAGUUUUGAUCUCGACGACGGUGCUUCCGAUGUGUGCAGCAAGGACCUGCUAUCGCCCGGUAUGAUGUUGUCACCGGCACCAUAUUCUCCGUUCUCAGAUUGUGAGGAGACUGAGACACCAUACUCCAUCUAUGCUCGAUCGCCAAAUCUCUCUCCGAAUCCAUUAACUCGUAGCUUCAACCACUUCAGUUUUGAUCAAGUACGAAGCAGUAGUUCAAUGUCGAAUAGGGCACAUAAUCUUAUGGUACCUGAAUCGCAUACACUCGAUCAAGAGUCGAGGGAACGAAGUCGAUCCGAUAGUGAUAUGUCACCAAAAGAAGAGCGAAUGGAUACGUCGCUCCAGUCAACAAUAUCGGUUCCUGCGGCGACGUCAAGACGCCUAUCAACAACAGGACAGUAUAAAAAGCGACUUCUUCAAAAAUACCAAGAAGAACAGGAAGAACGGUUGGCACGAAAGCAGCGCAGCAGUAGCAGUCCACCGCCAAGUGCUACGGAGUCUGAAAUCGACGAUUCGGAUCUGCGUAGUGUGAGUCGACUAGCAUCGAGGCAGCCUACGAUCGAGGAACCACCAGCAUCUCCUCAACAUGAACUUACUGCAGAGAAUUUAGAAAACGCUAUGCGGCAAGCGUUAGGUGGACAAACCCAAAUCCAAAUGUGGAUGGAACGCCAAAUUGUCGCACUCCAAGCAGUCAACAUGUAUAACAAUGCCAUGAACAACGGUUUACUUCAAGUCCCAAAUCCUCAACUAUUAGCACCGCCCACUGACCAUUUAUCACGCGCUCCUUUGUUACGACAGAGUACUCUGGAUGUUAGCGGAACAAGUAUGGGAGCCGGUCCGGUGAAGGGAGCGACCUUAUGGAGGCGAAGUCGAUCCGAAUCGGAUGUGAGCAGUCGCAAUCUCACGACUGGACCGUUUGUUUGUGCCACAUGUGGACAGGCGUUCGCUCUGCAUGAUCGAUUAGCUAAACAUAUUGCAUCUCGUCAUCGAGAUCGGUCUGCCUCCGCAUUGGCUGAAGCAGAUGGUGCAAAAUCGCACAAAUGCAACGUCUGCAACAAAAGCUUUGGGCGGAGUGAUAUGUUAACGAGGCAUAUGCGACUUCAUACGGGUUUGAAGCCAUAUAGCUGCCAGCUUUGCGGACAAGUAUUUUCUCGAUCAGAUCACCUCAGUACGCAUCAGCGCACUCAUACCGGCGAAAAACCUUACCAGUGCCCAUUAUGCCAAUAUGCAGCAAGCCGACGAGAUAUGAUCACCCGCCAUCUGCGCACCCACGUACGUCCGGACGUUUCAUUGCUUAACCAUCUUACUAAACUCUCAAUAAUGAGAACUCGAUUCACAAAGCUGACGAAAAAGAACGCUGGAUUCUUGUCUUUUAUGUGUCUGCAGAACGCUGAAAAAGGAGAUCAUGAGUGUUUUAGUCAAACGCUGAUUGUCUCUGAAGCUCCAACUGUGCAUGCCUGGAUGUCCCACUCUCCUUCAACACUGUUCUUUGAUGCACAAGGAGUAUGGUUCCGGACUGCCCAACUCUGCAUACAAUGCCAGUUAGUGUUGCUGACAACUUAUGAUACCGAAGGUACAAUGCGGCAAGUCUUUUGGGUAGCAAAGCAACCAGACUCAACCCAACAAAAGACAGGAAAUAUGUUCGAUAGACCAAAACCAGCUCUACAAGAUGGCAUUUAUGAUUUUGCGCCAAGCUCGAUCUACGGAGAGUUCGUGCUCAAAAUCUGA